AUUGUUCGAGAAAAUACUUGCGAAGUUAAGAACGAUAGUCUGAUGAUUCUAGUUAAAUCUUCCCUGAUUCUCGUUACCAAUUCUCCGCACAAUCUCGUGUACAUAUAUGUACUUGCACUGUUUAUAUGUAUAAGCAUCAACGACAGUCGAAAAUUGAUAGCCAUGUAAAUUACAAGUUCUAAAUCGUGCAAUCUAAAAGAAAAAGACAUCUGGAAAAAUGUUCGAUUGAUAGGAGAAAUGCAAGAACGAUAAGAGUAACGUGUUAUAAGGACUUCGAGCGAUGGACACGCGAAUUGCUCCUGAAAUUCCUCUCUCGGACUGCCGAUGGAGCUCGCGUGCGCGAUGCCGCCACUUCAGACAUCACCGGCGUACGAGUGAUCGAGGGGAUCACGGCCACGUGAAAAGGGAAGCAGCCGUCAAUUGGUAUACACGGUGUACACACGAGACGUGCGUGAAGAGAGUGCGAAUAUUGGUAUCGCGAUAACGAACGGGAAACCCUCGCGUGUCCGAAAGUACGAGCCACCCCAGCCAGUGCACGUUAUCCACGGAACACGCGUGCAUUAUAUCGACGAUCUCUCGGUGAUUAAUGCCAGCUGUUAGUACCAGGAGGCUCCAGUCAAUUGAAUCUCAUCGUUCGGCCGCAUAUAAGCCUCGCUCGGUUGCCUUUAUCCGUCUCUCUCUCUCUCUCUCUCUUUCUCUCACACAGACACACACACUCUCUCUCUCUCACUCACUCACACCCUCUCUGUAAUGCACGAACCAACUAUCCCGGUUUUCGAAGAAGAGUUGCAACGUCGACGCGUAAAUAAUAAAUCCUAUGGAAUCGCCUUACCGUGUCGGGAAGAGGAAAAGAGAAGAGGAGAGGCGUUGUUCGUUUCUCGAGGCUGCAGGUAACGGAAAGAAUAAAGUUUUCCUGGUAGACCCGUGGAUAGUAAAGUCCCUGGCAAGUCCGUGGCACGUUAAACUUUCCAGUUUCGAGAACGCAAUUUUCCCAAGGGAAUCAGUCCUCGCUAAUGCAAGAGUGGUUAUAGACGGAGAAAGAGAGGAAGGGAUAGAGAGAAAACAGGUAUAAAGGGGGGACGAUAUUAUGGGAGAGGGAAACUGUGCGCGGGCGGGAAUGGCGACGAGGAGUUUGAGGGUUGAACGAGCUGACGCUUUAAGCGAUGUAAGUUACAGAAACUACGCUUCCGACCAGUCUCGGGCGCAGAUUAGUCGUAAUCUUGGCGCAUUGCACUCUGCAGCCGUUUCCAACCCCCUUCCUACACCCUAACCCUCCCCCCCCCCUCCCCCCUGUUGCUGUUGCUCGAGUCCUCACAACUACAAAGCUUUUCAAACCGUUACCUCGAACCAAGACGAACGUGUUAGACGCACCUAAAUUCACGUACACCAGAGGUGUACAUCGCGUUACCUCGACAUUGCGACACACAGAACUCUGUCUACCUAUUCGCCACUGUAUCGCCGCUUUGAUUAUUUCCUGGAGGCUUAAGUCGCUACGUCUACGCCUUCCUUCGUACGGCUACAGGUUACAACUGGCGCAACGAAGAUUAAACACUUCUUGGUUUAUGGCCUCGUAGCCGGUCCUUAGACUCGGUUUACCUUGGCUCAACGAGAUUUCCCGCGGUACCUCGUUUCCUACCUUUUAUAUAGCUGUUACUGAAAAUCAAUAAUUCGGUGAUCGAGCCUUGAUGCUCGAAAAUACUCUGCUUUCACGAUCUUCGCACGCUUACUUACUUACUUACUGUACUAAGUUAGCGAUUGUUUUUGGUAAGAUGAUUUUCUGGAAAAUAUGUCAAACUUUGUAUGAAAUAUAUCAAAUUGUAUAUUGGAAAUGGAGAUGGAAUUAGAUAGAGACUAUGGCAACGGAUACCGUAUCGAACAAACUACACCAAGAUUCCACUUGGGUAUAAGUGAUUUCAAUAACAUAUUGUUUAUCUGUUCCACGUGAAAACUACGAUUCUCUGUUGUAUCGUGUAUUAUACAUAAAUUUCCUGUUUCCUCGGAAAUGGCGGAGGAAUCGCAAGAUAAAGUAGACGGUAGAACUGAGAAGAGUAAGGGAAGGAAUCCGGUGAACUUCGACAGUAUUUGUAAGGAAAUUAUGCUACGAGAUAAGUUAUCUCGGCGCAACUGGUCCAGAAAGUACGAACACCUGUCGGGUGAAUUUUUUAAGAAGGUGCUGGCCGAAGAAUGCAGAAAGGAGGGAUUUCCGGCGGACACUUUCCAACACAAACCACCGGAAGAUGCGAUUAAGCGUUCACCAAUUCUUCUGAAACCAUCGCCGUCCAUUCCCAGAACGGCAUCCGGUCACUGGUAUAUCUCGCCGAAACGAACGAUCGAACCACCCAUUGAACCUGGUGAAUUUCGCGUCAUACAGCAAAGAUUCAUUUUUCUCGGUUAAGUGGAGAAUUCGAGUAAAUUAUGGAAUAUAUAUUUUAUACACCAGAGACUG